AUCCUCGAAUAUAUAUGUGUUGAAAGAAAUUACUUCAUCGCACUGACAUUCAUCAUCAUCAUCAUCAGCGAAGAAACCGCCCACCGGAGUCACUAUAGCGGAGAGGAAUCGAUCUCGCGAUAUUUUCUCCUUAUACCGAAACAUCGCGAAAAAUAAAACAAUAUCGAUCGUAUUGAUAAACAUAUAUUUUAAUUGCCUAUACUUUUUCCUUCUUUUAGUUAUUUCUCAACUCUGAUGACGCAACGUGGUUGCGCAUUUGUACAAACAUUAAUUCGUUCUAGCGUCUUUUCCCGGACGAACUUAGAUUACCUGUAUUAUCUGUCAUCUCUAAUAAUACGAGACUCACGUAAUAACUUCUUAAUAACAUUUGAGUGUAUAUCAGUUAUUAAAUCGUCGAUUGUAAAAUAUCGGAAAUUUCGGAAGAUACUUGGUACUAAACAUAUACAAUACGAAGAAAAUAUCUGUGAUACCAGAAUACGGUAUCAAAUUAAUAUCAACAUAACAGUUAACCCUUAAACAUACAGAUGGGGUAUGCCAUACCCGGUCGAUUUUUUAAAUAAACGCCAUUUCGGAAUGGGUGAUGAUAGUGGUCUGGGUAUGGGUCGAUAAAAAAAACUUUCAGGUUUCGUCUUGAACGUCCAGUUAAGGCAGCGUCAGUCUCGCUAUAGAAGUCGAGCAAAAAGUAAAGAAUAUUCGUAAUAACUAAUCGACGACUGCUGGACAAUGGAACUCUUCGAAAUCCUGUGCGGCAUCGCCGUCGUAAUUCUCGCUCUUUAUUAUUUCCUCACGUCAAGUUAUGACUUUUGGAAGUCACGUGGCGUUCGUGGUCCACGACCGAUACCGUGGCAGGUGUAUGUAGGCGAUUAUUUGGCAGAAAUGUAUAACACCUACAAAGACCCAAUGAUUGGGAUAUUCGAUAGAAAAACACCAGUUCUUGUUAUACAAGAUCUAGAUUUAAUUAAAGAUGUCCUUAUCAAAGAUUUCUCCGUAUUUGCUAACAGAGGAAUGCCCACUUCCGAAAAGGCCGAUCCGCUGUCGCAAAAUCUUUUUCAUUUGGAGCCGAAGAGGUGGCGACCGUUGAGAAUGAAUCUGUCACCUGUUUUUACAUCCGGUAAACUAAAGGAAAUGUUCUCUUUAAUAUCAGAAUGUGCUGAUAACCUUGUCCAAUACAUGGAAAAAGUAGUGAGCGAAAAUAAACCUGUCGAGUGCCGCGAGUUGACGGCCAAAUAUACGACCGACGUUAUCGGCAGCUGUGCUUUCGGUAUCGAGAUGAACGCUUUGUCGGACGAAGACAGUGAAUUUCGCAAGAUGGGAAGAAAAGUAUUCAAUCCGACUGGGAUAAGAAUGAGAAUAAGACAAAUGUUUCCGUGGCUUUACAAAUUGUUCGCAUCAUACGUCCUACCGCAAACAGAAACCACCAAAUUCUUCACACGCGUUAUCGUGGAGACCAUGGACUACAGAGAAACGAAUAAUAUUACUAGAAAUGAUUUCAUUGAUAUUUUGCGCGAAUUAAAGAAACAUCCAGAUAAAUUGGGCGAUAUUGAUUUGACAGAUAGUUUAAUAGCUGCUCAAGCGUUUGUAUUUUUCGCUGCUGGCUUUGAAACUUCGUCGGCGACUAUCAGCAAUGUGCUCUACGAGUUAGCAUUAAAUCAGAAAAUACAAGAUAAUCUGCGUGAAGAAAUUGAUGAGAUGUAUGCAAAACAUGGUAGAGACUUAACGUACGAUAAUAUAAAAAAAAUGGAUUACUUAGAUAAAGUUUUCAAAGAAACAUUACGAAAAUAUCCGCCGGGGCCAAUGCUUAUGAGAAAGUCCAUGUCGAGUUAUACUUUCGAUGGUACUAAAGUUAGUAUACCGAAAGAUCAAAAGGUAUGGAUUCCCGUUUACGCGAUUCAUCGAGAUCCGGAUAUUUAUCCAAAGCCAGAUGUCUUCGAUCCAGAAAGAUUUAAUGAAGAAACUGUGCGAAACAGGCACCCGAUGGCUUAUCUACCUUUUGGCGACGGGCCAAGAAAUUGCAUUGGAGCGCGUUUCGCUGUUUCUCAGAGUAAAGUUGGACUUGUAAAGAUACUACGAAAUUACAAAGUCGAGACUUGCGAGAAAACUCCAAUACCCUACGUAAACGAUCCUAGAGCACUCAUAUUAACGCCAAAGGGCGGACUACACUUGAAAAUAAUUAAAAUUAAUCGACCUUAAUUUUUUCAAGUUUUUCUCCAACUCUCCACCGAAAGCGUAAUAAAAAAUGAAGAAAAUCUGUCAAUUGAUAGACGUCAUUCUGUAAUACAUAGUUAUUAAUUUUUUUAAUGUUGUGCAUUUACGUCUUAUGUAAAAUGGUGAUUAAUUAGAUAAUUGUAAGUUUAUGCUGUUACAUAUAUAUCUUAAUAACAUAU